AUGGCUGGAGCAUUUCCUCACAAUGAUCGGAUCGAGCCCGGCUCGGUAAACCUUCCUGCCCGCCCGUAUCCCCCAUCAGUUCGCUCGACAUCGGUUGAUGCGGGGAAAGUGGCGGCGGACACCAUCAACGCCUUCAGCGCCGCGCUGCGAUCUAAGAACUACAAAGCUCUCGCAGACCUGUUUGUCUCAGACGGCUACUGGCGCGACCACCUCUGCUUAUCCUGGGACCUGCGCACUCUCAAGGGGAGGGAAAAGACCCAAAAGCUGUUGAGCGACCGUUGUCGUCUUACCGAGGUCGCCGUCGACACAUCUACCGAAUACCGAGCUCCCCACCUGGCUGCCCUCGACGCUCACGGCAAGGUACAAUGUCUGCAGUUCUUCAUCAAUGUGAACACCCAAGUAGGCCCUGGCCAGGGUGUCGUUCGUAUGAUCGAGUCUGAUGGCAAGUGGGAAAUUCUCAGCUUCUUCACCGCCCUCAGAGAGAUCAAGGGUCAUGAAGAGCCUCUCCGACACCGCCGUGAGAAGGGCGUUGAGCAUGUUGGUAUCCGAGACGGAAAGAACUGGAAGGAAAAGCGAGAAGACACGGUCAACUACACCGACACUGAGCCUACGGUUGUCAUCAUUGGCGGAGGUCAAGCUGGAUUGACUGUUGCUGCUCGGUUGAAGAUGCUCAAUGUGAAUGCAUUGGUAGUUGAUAAGCACGGUCGGGUUGGCGAUAGCUGGCGCAAGAGAUACCAUCAGCUCGUUCUCCACGACCCCGUCUGGUACGACCACCUACCAUACAUCAGCUUUCCAGCAAACUGGCCCAUCUUCACUCCGAAAGAUAAGAUCGCCGAGUUCUUUGAGUCCUAUGCCAAUCUCCUCGAAUUGAACGUGUGGACCUCAACGACAAUGACCAAGUCAUCCUGGGAUGAUUCCAAGAGGCAGUGGACUCUGACCCUCGACCGCCAAAAGGCAGAUGGCACGAAAGAGACUCGAGUCCUGCACCCAAGACAUGUCAUCCAGGCAACGGGCCACUCUGGGAAGAUGUUCUUCCCCGACAUCAAGGGGAUGGGCAACUUCAAAGGCGACCGGUUGUGCCACAGCUCCGAGUUCUCCGGCGCGAAGCCCAACUCCAAGGGCAAGAAGGCUGUGGUUGUCGGAUCAUGCAACUCAGGCCAUGAUAUCGCCCAGGACUUCUACGAGAAUGGCUACGACGUGACGAUGGUGCAGCGCAGCUCGACCUGUGUCGUCUCUUCAGCCUCCAUCACAGAAAUCGGCCUCAAGGGCCUCUACGACGAAGACUCACCACCAGUUGACGACGCAGACCUAUGGCUGUGGAGCUUACCAGCCGAACUAUUCAAGUCUCUCCAGAUCGGAACGACAGAGCUGCAAAACGCCAACGACGCCAAGCUUCUCCAAGGCCUGCAGAAGGUCGGCUUCCAGCUCGACAUGGGCCCCGGCGGCGGGGGCUUCUUCGUGAAGUACUUCCAGCGGGGCGGUGGGUAUUACAUUGACGUCGGAUGCAGCCAGCUCAUCAUCGACGGCGAGAUCAAGAUCAAGCAAGGGCAGGAGAUCACAGAGAUUCUGCCUCGCGGGCUGCGGUUCGCCGACGGCUCCGAGCUCGAGGCGGACGAGAUCAUCUUCGCGACCGGGUAUCAGAACAUGAGGACCGAGGCGCGCAACAUCUUUGGCGACGAGGUCGCCGACAGGAUCGGUGACGUCUGGGGCUUCGACGAGGAGGGCGAGUUCAGGACCAUGUGGCGGCGGAGCGGGCACCCCGGAUUCUGGUUCAUGGGGGGCAAUCUCGCCAUCUGCCGGUACUUCUCUAAGAUUUUGGCAUUGCAGAUCAAGGCCGUUGAAGAAGGCAUCGACCAGGCUGGGCAGCCCGACCCCUCGCCCAGGCUUUAG